CCAAGAUGGCUGCGUCCUAAUGAUAAUGCCCCUGAGUAGCGGGGAAGUUAACAUCGAGUUUUUUUUAAUUGCACAAAAAAGAUGAAAGACAAAUGUGAUACUUUGGACUUGUGUAAUAAUCUGCAAUUUAAGAUUAUUAACCACUGUCCGUAUUCUUGUAAAGAAUUUGUGAUUACUCAAAAAUUUCAUUUUAGAAAAUGGUUACAAACUUCCAUAAUUCUGAACGUGCUUGCGUUUGGGAUAGGGCUUCAUAAGCAGGAUAUUGUGAUUCUGUUGGUUGCACUAGGAUUAGUCCUUGUGAUUUUGUUUUUUAAACUACGUUCCAAGGUUGUAAAAGAAAGUUUGCUAGUCAUGGCUUCUAUUGGUGCCCAGACCACCACGACAUACGCCCUUGGCAAAAAGUGUUGUCAAUUUUAUGACUUAACCAGCAUACGGGAUAUUGUUAUAAAUGAAGGAAUCACAAUGCACAGUAUUAUAUUUUAUCUAGUACUCCUACUACGUGGAAGUGAUGCUCAGACAGAACCACAAAUUUUAGUUCCAUUGUUUAAGCACUCUUGGCCACCAUUGAGAUUCCUUCAACACAUAUACAGAGAAUCACAGGCUGUUAUUUGGAAAAAAAGAAAAACGAAAGACUCCUAGCAUUGAUUUAUGUAAUAUACAGAUUUAAAAAUGAUAUGUCAAAUGCAAAAAAAAAAAAGGAGCAAGUGAACUCUGUAAUCUCCAUGAUUACCCGACCAUUAGUGGAAAGUGUUACUGUAUCUUUUUACAGGCAUGUCUAGUGCUCUGUAUAGUGCCAAGAGCUAAAUCCAAAUGAAAAACAGACAUUGUGGAUGAAUCAAGAUGAUUGUACUUAUAUUCAUCUUACUUUUUAUACAUUAUUUGAACAUGAGGGAAUCUGUGGAUGCUUUUACAUAAGAAGCUGGGUGCAUUGUUUUUAACAUCAGUCCAUACAUUUGCCCAUGGCCAAACCUUGUCUGGCCAAUAAAUAAAAAACAAUGUGGUCUACGGUUGUCAUAUUUGGUAGGUUUGGCGUCACAUAUAGAUGACCAGUAGGUUGAAAGUCAAGGUCAUAUUGACCAUAAAAGAAAAAUUUUGUUUGGCCAAUUAAUAGAGAAUGGUUUGUCCUACGGUCCUCUUAUUUGAUGAAAAUGUUUGUCAUUACAUGUAGAUGAACCCUGUUGAUAUUGAGGCCAAAGGUCAAGGUAACAUUGACAUUGAACACAAAAACCUUGUCUGACCAGUAAACUGGGUGUGUGUGUAUUUUGCAGAUACCUUUUGUUAAGCCAUGUGACAACAGUGGCAUUAUAACGCAAGAAAGUACAAGUUUUGCAUACUAGCAUUAUAAUUAUCUCAUAUUUGGUUAAUCCUAGCCAAGCUUUCGCUUUUACUUAAUUAAUUUACUUGACGAGAUACUGUACUUAUUUCUGUUUUUAUUUUAUUAUAAUAUGAAGAAAGUAUUUGAUUUAAACUUGAACGCGCUUGUUUUUAAUGUCUUAUGUAACUGUUACUGUAGCAGUAUAAAUUUUACCAAAUGUAUAUUGUGCAGCAUCCGUAAUCCUGUAGUAAUGGAGAUAUUAUUUCAUGAUUGUGCUACUUUAGAAUGAUAUGGACAUGUAGUGUAACAAAUGCAAGUGAAAUAUGUAUUUGUAAUCCUUUACUGAAACAGUCUUGUCGUUAUACUUACAAAUAAAAUGAAACUUAUAUAAUGUA